ACCAUCCUCGAAUUGUCCAGUAGAGAGAGAAAAUUCCGACAAAGCAGAGCCAGAAAAAUCUGGGGAAACUGGGAAAGAGGAAUACAAGAAAACUCCACUGUUGAAGAGUAGUUGGUGCUAUAGAGAGUUGAAGGAUGAAGAGCUGUGAGCUUUGCAAGACUCCGGCGACGACUUACUGCGAAUCAGACCAGGCGAGCCUGUGCUGGAACUGCGACGCGAAAGUUCACGGAGCGAACUUUCUGGUAGCGAGGCACUCGAGGACUCUUCUCUGCCGCGCGUGCCAGUCUCCGACUCCGUGGAAAGCCUCCGGUGCCAGGCUUGGCAGCACUGUUUCCGCGUGCGAGAGAUGCGUAAAUGGGACGAACGAAGGAGAUGAAGAGAGUGAAGCGGGUAAUGAUGAUGACCUCGAUACCGAGGAUGAAGAUCUUGAUCACGAAGAGGAGGUUGAUGUUCAAGAUGAGGAUGGUGAUAAUCAAGUGGUGCCGUGGUCUUCUUCCACAACACCGCCUCCGGCUGCGAGUUCCUCAAGCAGCGAAGAUUCGGUUACCAGGAUCUCUGGUUCUGACACGGUAGCUUUUGAAUCAAUAAACAGUUUCACUUUGAAGAGAGUGCGAGAGAAUGAUUCCGAUCUUCGCUUUCAGGAGGAGGAAUUCAACUGUUCAUCUUCUCGUCUAAAUUACGUAUCGCCGUUGACAGCUCAGGCACAUCAGUCAAAAAAUUACGGCGAAGCUACCUCUGGCGGCUCCACAAGGCGUCGUAGAAAUCAAGGGGCUGAGCAAGAUACGCAGUUGAAAGAUCAGGAUCGGGCCGGGUCGAGAUCCAUGUAAUCACCGCGUCGCUGAAGCGAUUUCAUGUUCGUUGACGGUCUUACUUUUUUGCGAUCUUAGCCGUCCGGAUAUUGUGAGGAGGUUUCGUGAUAAUUUUUAAUUUUACCUCUCUUUACUAACAGAAGUGGUGAUCUUGGAUUUAGCAUUCCUUAAUUUGUACUAAUCAGAUAUCUUCUCUGUAAUUUGUUUGUUGAUUGUGAUUUUGAUUUUCACCAUGAAAGCCAGCUUUUGUUUCUCUGGUUUGAUAUUGGUUGUGAUAUGCGCCUUUCAUCAUUGGUUUAGGCAUACUGGAAACGCUGUCGUAUUGUAACAAGUGUUGGUCUUUGUAAACUUAUUAUAUGUGUAGUUUACAAAUGCAUUUCGUCUAUCAAAAUAAAAUUAGCUUCAUCUGUUUCA